CCCUCGGGAUGCGGCUGCUGCUGCUGCUGCUGCUCCUGCCCGCGGCCACAGGUGUGUGGGUGCUGGAGGGACACACCUGUGCCCCGCCCUGGCAGGCCGCGCUGUUCCAGGGUCGCCGUUUCGUCUGCGGGGGGACCCUGGUGGCGCCCAGGUGGGUCCUGACGGCCGCGCACUGCCACGCCCCCGGGUACGGACAGGUAACGGGCACACCUGGGCAGGGUGGGCACACCUGGGCAGGGGGAGGGGUUACCUGGCAGCGGCGGCGCUCGGAGCGCACCUUCCGCUUCCCGGGCUACAACGAGAGCUCCAAGGACGGCGACCUGAUGCUGCUGCGGCUGCAGGUGCCCGCCCACCUGAGCCGCCAGGUGAGCCCCCUGCCGCUGGCGCGCACCUGCGCCCCCGCCGGCACCACCUGCCAGAUCUCCGGCUGGGGCUCCACCACCAGCCCGCAAGUGACGUUCCCGCAGGCGCUGCACUGCAGCCAGGUGAGGAUCGUACCUGAGCUCACCUGCCGCCGCAUCUACCCCGACUCCAUCACCCCCAACAUGGUCUGCGCCGGGGAGCCCCGCAGCCGCGCCGACACCUGCCAGGGCGACUCCGGGGGGCCCCUGGUGUGCAACGGGCGCCUGCAGGGCAUCACCUCCUGGGGGCCGGGCGUCUGCGGGGACCCCCAGAAACCCGGGGUCUACGUCAACCUCUGCCGCUACGGCCGCUGGCUGCAGGACACCAUGGCCCAGAACUGACCCCAAAGCGGCUGAAUUCGCCCCAAAAUCCGAGCGGUCCGCACCCAAAACCCUCAGGGGUCGCCAGCCCGAAAAUCCAAGUUACGGCGUCGAGAUUAAAGGAAUUUUUCCACUCCCAAA